UCAUAUUCAAUCACCUCUUAAGUACACUCUCUCUCCUCUCUCUCUCCUCUUCCGAUCCUCGCAGCUAUGGCGCAAGCUGUAAUGGCAAAUACUCCGGCGAAACUUCAAGCGAAGGGAAAUUGGGCUAACCUAUCCAAAUACUGUUGUCGCAUAUAUUUCUUACUCAUCAUCCUUCAGGUGCCUCUAUUCAGGAUUCAGUGUAGAUCAGGCACAUGCUCAACACCUAUUCAUGUUACAUCUUCACAGUUGAUUUCUAGUGAGGUCUUCCCUGUACCAGUGGUGAAAGGCCUUCUCUAUCCUGGAGCCAUCGUAAAAAGCCUCAUCACUAACAUGACUCUGCCUAGCUGGAAUAACUUGCUCGAUAUUUAUAACUUGACCGACAUUAAGAACUCUUCUGCAGUCCCUGACCUGCAGCGCUUAGAGGUUCUUGCCGGAAGCUACUUCUGUGUGGCUGGCUCUCUCAUUAACAUCAUAAAACCUGGAAGAAUGAGCAUGUUCGGGACCCUCCUUGUUGUCUGGGGUCUCGUAAAGGAAGGGAUUCUCAAAAAGCCUGUGGACACUGAUCAAACAACUGUGUUCGUGUACCCAACAAUGUUAGUUGCUUUGGUUUGUGCUUUCUUAUCCGUAAAAUAUGAUAUUAAGAAGGUGGCCAGAAGUGCCCCUGCCCAACCUGUGGCAAAGCCUCUCAAGAGCUCGUCCAAAUCCAAGCUGAAAUGAUUGAGGACACGAUCUUUUUUUACCAGAAUUGAGUGCGGUUUGCUGUAAUUUUUCUUGUAUUUUAUCCUUUUGUAGCUGAUGCCUUUUUUUGGAAAGCUAGCUUUUUGGUUAAUUUUGCUGGUUUGAUUGUAAAUCCGGGGUUUAAUCCCUUUCCAUCAUUACUUUAUCCGCAAUUAUGACUCAAGUUCUUCAUUUCAUUUUUCCCAAUUUGCAUAACCAAAAGUCGCUAAACUAGAAUAACCGAUAGAGGUGGG